GAGUGAAAUAAGGGGAUACUGGUCGGGAUACUGUACAUAAGCUGGGAUAAAUUUAAGUGAAUUGAUCGUAGGAAAUGAGCACAAAUAAGGGAAAUAACUCGAAAAAAGGCCAGAAGCAUCAAAACAAAAAAGCUUUCAAGAACAAUCUUCACGAUACUAGCAAAAAGACAAAGCAAAUCAAUAGUUUGAAAGUUGGCGGAGUUUGCUCAAGAUGUCGAGAGAUCAUAGAAUGGAGAAAGAAAUUUAAGAAAUACAAGCCUCUCACAGCGCCUAAGAAAUGUGUGAGAUGUGAGCAGAAGACAAUAAAACAUGCUUAUCACACAGUUUGUUCUAAAUGUGCACAACAAGCAGGGGUGUGCGAAAAAUGUGGGGAAGUGCGAGAGAUAACAGCAAAGUCUGAACCAACACCAGCAGAAAGAGCUUCAGAGGACAGUAUGUUGCAGCAAGAAAUAAAAUCUAUGACAGAAAGACAAAGACGGACAUUUUUUAGACACCACGAAGGAGAUAGAGGUGACCUAAGCCAAGUUGCUUGUGCUAGUAAUACAUCAGAUCUAUCUUCCAAUGAAGAUGAUGAUGCUGAAAUGUCAGAACCUGAUGAAUCAGUGGAUAAUGAGCUGCUAGGGCCUUGACGUUUGGUAAACAAGGCUUGAUACAUAGAACUGGAAAGGUCUACCUUGAAAUUCAGGAAGUAAUCCAGAACUUUGCAGCGACUAUAGGCCACUUUCAUAAAUGGCUGCCAGAUUAAUAUUCUUUUGUUUAAAUUUUAAUUUGCCCUUCUGGUAAAAUUCA